AUGGAUUCGACGCACCACCUCGCGGAUGAAUACAUCACAGACUUUGACUUAGAACAACUUGAAAUGGUGUCAUCUAUAAAAAUGGAAGCAGACAAAGAUCGCUUCUCAAACACCUGUUGUGGCAACAUGUCUGAGUAUUCGCAGUCAGCACCGACCAGUCCUGAAGAUGGCGAGACGUCCAGCAUGUCUUCGUCAUCGCCAGACGUUGGGCACGGCCUUCAGGCCCCGGUCAAGAAUUUUAUGGAGGAAAUCUACUGGUUUACCAAUACUCAUAAUGUACACGACAUACCACAGAACGGGGUUCUGGAUCUAUUUUUGAAUAAUAACAGCUCACCGUUACCCAACACGGGCUCUACGCGAACUCAAUCCAGAAAAAACAGCACUUCAUCAAUGUCAUCUUCGGCUUCGGCAUCUUCUUCGUCGAUGUGCAUUAAGCGUAAUUUUAAGACGAGAUCGUCGCCAGAUUUGAGCAAGUGCGAACUGAAUGAUGAUGAAUUAGUUUCUUUGCCGGUGCGAGAUUUGAACAAGCGACUCCAUGGUUUCCCGAAAGACGAGGUUAGCCGGUUGAAACAGAAACGGCGGACACUGAAGAACAGAGGUUACGCGCAGAAUUGUCGUUCGAAAAGAAUGCAACAGAGAAACGAACUAGAACGGACGAACAAAUCUCUUCAACAACAGUUGUCCGUCAUCCAACGUCAAAUUAGCCAGGUAACACGUGAGAGGGAUUAUUACAAGGAGUGCUUGGAAAGACUGCAACGAAAAAGAGACGGGUCAAUUUCAAGUUCGCCAAGUUCCCUAACGGAAUGA